CUUGAUGCUAACACUUAGUUGAAAGAAGAUGUAGGCCCAUUGCUGAAGAAUCAAAGCCGUCCGAUGAAUUUGGAGUACGGAUUGGAGCACUGCGGAUGAGCGGGCAAACCGCGUCCAACCCGAAGAAUCAACUCACCGCGUUUUAUGCCAGCACAUACAACCCCCUUACCGCAUUUUAUGCCAGUACAUGCAGCCCCCUUACCACAGGAGGCCACUUGGCUGUACGCAUGACUAGAAUGGAUUUAGUCUACAACAAAUACCUCGAUCUCGAUCUGUUACUUUCUCGUGAAAUAUAUGCAUAUAUACACGCCGAUUUGUUUGAGUGUACGUCCGUCCGUCCCCACCAACCGGCAGCUAGCGCCGAGAAUGAUCCAGCGCGACUUGUGCUCUUGGCGACCGCCGCCGCCGCGUCGCCGCCGGCAGCCAUACCCACGCGCAAAUGGAAGAAGUGAUCCACCGUCCUGCAGCCAACCAGGCGCUGACACGACAAUAACGAACAUGCAACUUCCGGAGGAUAUAUGGCAGCACAUACAUUCCCGGAUGCCGAUGCGAGACGCCGCUCGUGCUGCCUGCGUGUCACACAGGUUCCUGCGUUUCUGGAGAGGCUACCCCACUGUCACUAUCGAUCAAGAAACCCUGGGAUUAAGCUCGCAACGAUUCUGGAUCACGAGCGAAGACGAGAGAGGCGAGUACAUCCUCACCAAAGCGCAGAAGGUUCUUGAGAGCCGUCUUUCCGGCUCCACCAUUGUGCAGUCGCUCAAGCUUGAUCUCUCCACCUUCCGGAAGGCUAUAGUUAGUGCCACUGUUGCCGGUGGCCUCCUCGACUGCUGGCUCCGCGCCUUCGUGAAGCCCGGGAUUGUGGAUAUCACUGUGUUACUCCCAAAGUGCGAGGACGACGACGACUGUUACUACUACUACGGUCAUGAUUGUCUGCCUGAGUACACAUUUCCCUGCUCGCUUCUCUCAGACGAUGAGGACAAGAUAACGUCGCUUCAGUCUCUUUCACUGUCCUCCUGUGGCUUCCACCCUACAGAAGGGAUGACCACACUGCUUGGCUGCUGGAAGAGCAUGUCGACGGUGUGCUUGCACAGAGUCGCCAUCACGGACGAGGAGCUGGGUUUCUUCCUCGCCGGCUGCCUUGUGCUGGAGCGGCUGGAUCUGUCCUUCUGCAAUUCGAUAGGCGCCCUCAAGAUACCUAGUGCACUCCGGCGGCUAAGGUCCCUACGGGUGCGCUCGUGCAGGAUGCUGCGGACCAUCGAGAGCGGCGCGCCGAUGCUCGCCACGGUCUGGUACGACGGGUGGCCGCUGCUGAGGUUCUGGCUCGGUGGCGCGCUCGAGACGACGCAUCUGGAGGUGCAUGCCACUCGAAUGGGGGACGUUAUCCAGUAUGCCGGCUCCAAGCUCCCCUCCGCCGCGCUGAAUCUCGAAACGCUUGUGCUGUCGACUGUUUACGAGGUACCAUUGCCAUCAAUGAGCGGUUGA